AUGUUGGACACAAACUUCUCAAUCGUAGACUAUUUAGUGUUUGUGUCGCUAUUGAUCGCCUCAUCACUAAUCGGAGUAUACUUUUGGUACAAAUCGCGAAAUACAGCCACAAAUGCCGAGUACCUGACCGGUAACCGGCAACUCAGUCUCAUCCCGGUCAUAAUAUCUAUGGUGGCCACAUUUAUGUCCACUAAUACACUGCUGGGAAUGCCGGUUGAGGUAUACCAAGUGGGCACUCAAAUGUGGCUGGAAGCAGUUUCAUAUAUUAUAGCCAUUGUAUUAACGGCUGAGGGAGGCAUAAAAGCGGUCAUUUGGACGGACGUAUUGCAGGGCUCACUCAUGUUUCUGGGAGUGCUUGUGGUUAUCGUAACAGGUGUGAUAGAAACCGGUGGCCUCAAGAAGUUAUGGGACAUCAAUGAGCAAGGUGGUCGACUCAAGUUUUUUAACAUGAAAGUGGAUGUCUAUAAUCACGACAACUUCUGGAAUGUAUUAAUUGGUACGACCGUCACAUUGUCGGGCAGUUACAGUAUAUCACAGUCACAGAUACAACGCUAUUGUAAUGUAGGGUCACCUCAAAUGGGUCGGCGGGCGUUGUAUUGGAACCUCCCGGGGAUCAUAGUAUUUCUCUUGAUGUCCAUAAUGUGUGGCAUGGUCAUAUACGCCAAAUACCACGCGUGUGACCCUGUUACUUUGGGUUUGAUUAAAAGGCACGAUCAACUCAUGCCGUAUUAUGUUAUGGAUACUCUAUCACAAUACCCGGGACUUCCGGGUCUUUUUGUGGCAUGUGUGUUCAGUGGGUCGCUCAGCACCCUAUCGUCGGGAUAUAACUCAUUGGCGGCCAUCACUUGGGAGGACCUCUUUAAGGAUCGGGUGAAACUCAAAAACGAUAGACAGGCACUGAUUAUCACUAAAUUAAUUGCCAUGUCGUACGGAUUUAUAAUCAUUGGGUUCGCGUUUCUCGUAGGAAACGCAGGGACUGUAUUUCAAGCGUCUUUGGCUUUGAGCGGCGCAAUGGGAGGCCCUAUAUUUGCCUUAUUUCUUGUCGGCAUAUUCUAUCCGUACGCCACCGCACCGGGCGCAUUAAUAGGAUUUCUGAGUGGAUAUGGCGUUAACUCAGUCCUAGCUAUCGGUUCGUUGGUUAUCCCGCGACCGAAAGUGUCGUUACCGACUACUCUAGACAACUGUCCGGUGGAUGUCAUCCAAAUUGUGUUCACCCGAUUUGAAACACUACCCAACUCUACGUACAUCCCGUCCUAUGAUAACGUGGAAGGUUUGGGUCAAUUCUUUCACAUCUCAUACCUAUUGCUGUCAACCAUAGGAUUCACGAUAUGUAUUGUCGUAUCAGUGUUGGCCAGUCUAUGCAUAGAAUUGAGCUAG